AUGACCAUCUUCGACGCCCACGACCUGAUCGUCCGCGACCUCGCCGCCAAUGGCGACAAUGCUACCGACUACGUGAUAGGCAAUGUCCACUUCAACCUCACCACCCUGAACCACUGGAACUACACCAUCUUUGGCAAUGGCACCAUCUCCAACGGUUCCUGGUGCUUUCUCACCUUUGAGCCCUACGUCCCACAGCUCCUGUACCCCAACGGCACCUUCAUCAACGGCACCUGGUGCUAUACGCCCGUCAAGCACAUUGGCGUGCGAGGCGGCGUCGGCGUGGCCUUUGCCUGCCUGUUCGGCCUGUCCCUCGUCCCGACCUUGAUCAACCUGGCCAAGCAUGGCAAGCUGUACCUGCCCGCCGAAAAGAGGUUCUACCCCAUUGGCAGGCGUUGGCAAUGGUACUGGGCCAUCCUCGUCGCCGUCGCCGCCAUGAUUGGCUUGUUCACCGGCAUCGACGUGGACCGUUACUACAUCGCCUCGCUGCCCAUCGUCCUCAACAGCUUCUUCUGGUUCCUCCUGCAGAUGGGCGCCAUGGCCCUGGUCUGGGAAUCUGUUCGCCACUGGGGAAGCUGGAUGGAGAGGCAGUACAUCGACCCCAACCCCUUUGUGCUGCAGCAGACCGACAGGAGGGGCAUGUUCGAGCUCUGGCUGCCCAUCGUCUUCUACAUGUGGCUGUGGCUCAAUUUUUUCCUCAUUGUGCCGCGCAACUGGGGGAACCUCGAGCUCCAACGCGACCCUGACCAGUCCGCCAUGUUUGCCGAGCCGACCGCGACGGAUUCCCGGUUCAAGGCCGCCACCUUCUGUCUGCUUGCUUGCUGGCUGACCACGCUCGUGUCGCUGUGGCACUCUAUUCGCCACUACGAAGAGCGCAGUCGCGGGCUCUUCAACCGCGUUAUUGGUGGCCUUGGCUACAUGCCGUUUCGUUUUGUCCUCAUGCUGCCCAUCGCUUUGGGCCUCGUGGCUUACCAGGGCCUGGCAGCCUGGGAUUUCUCCGUCUCCCCCCUGAAGCAGGACACCAACUUCGUGGCCAUGUAUGUGGGUGGCUACGUGCCAGCCUUGCUGCUCAUUAUUAUCCUCAACGUCUCCGGCUUUAUGCGCCCCAACGAGGACAAGGCCCUGAUCCAGCAGCGCAGGGAGCGUGGCGCCGCCAUCGAUGCCGAGAUGGGCAUUGCACGCAAGCCAGCGUGGUGGAGGCGCGUCAAUGGCGAUCGGGGAGCCAGCAACAUGAGAGACCUCAUCAUGCGCAAUGUUCGGGAGGUGGGUGGCAGGAAUACCAACGACCAGAACGUCGAUGCAGUAGUCGACAGGAGGGCUCGCGAAGCAGACACAACCGCCAGCCCUGCCCCGAUCGAGAUGAACGAAAUGAGACGCGCCAACAGCGGCACCAGCAGCAUCAGGACCGCUCGCGCUCCUCCCCCGUACACCCCCUAUACCGGUAAAUCCGAAGCGCGGAGGACGGAGGUUGCCAUGCAAGCUGCCGCUGGAUUCUUGUUCCCCAAUGCGGCACCGCCGCCCUCCUUCUCGGAAUCUGUCACCACAGAUGAGCCUAGAGGCCGCACUUCCAGUCAAGCACGCGCAUCGAAUGUGCGACCUGGUACGAGCGAGCGUAGCAACAGCACGCAAAGUAGCCAGUCGUUAAACGGGCAGCCUCAGCAGGUCCGGAGCAUGUUGGAUAUUUAA